GAAUCGUUUCAAAGCAAUCAAACUGAAUUACUUUUGGAUGAAGAUAAACUGAAAGAUGUGCUCUGAGAGCAUACCUAAUGCAGUCUGACAACCGCACAAUAUUCAGCCCAAGGAAUCAAACUUACCCCUAUUGCGCUGCAUUCCUCGCUAACAUUUGAUAUUUGCAAGUUCUGUGCCUUGACAGUAAUCAUCAUGGAUAGUGGAAAGGAUCAGAAGAUUACUUACAGCUCUCUUCUUUGAACAGAAAACUAAGGAAAGCAAAGAAUACCUUUGUGAUAACUGGUUGCCUUUUGGGGUUAUUUGAUUUGAUUCAUCAAAUAGUGGGUUUUGUGUAUGAUUUAAGAAAAUAGAGAGACUACUACUUCUACAUCCCCAAAAGAGUUGCUAUUUCAUGGCUGACAUUUCUGGAGUGAAGGCAGCAAGUCUGCUUCAAAGUUGCUUAAGAAAACAGAUGGAAUUAAACUUUGAUAAAGGCAGCUGUUCUGUGUUCUUAGCAGAGAACAAAGCCAAUUCUGUGUUAAAAAGAUAUCCAAGAGCCAACAAAUUUUUGGAAGAAUUAAAGCAAGGUGAUAUAGAACAUGAAUGCAGAGAAGAAAUCUGUACCUAUGAAGAAGCAAGAGAAGCUUUUGAAAAUGAAGAAAAGACGAAGGAGUUCUGGAAAGUCUACAAAAAUGGACUUCAGGGAGAAAGUAACACAGGACAUAGCUGGUAUUCAUUUUACCUUGCAUUUCCAUUAAUCAUUGGCCUUUUUGUUAUCCUCAUUGUCAUUUUUGUCAUAUGGAGAUGCCUGUUUAAAAAGAAAACACGUAGACAGUCGGUGUACGUGCGUAGGGGAGCCCACGAAGCGAUGGGUGAUGGUGCUGUGUCUGACGGCAGAGAUUCGCUUCCGCAGCCUCUCAGCAUUGUUCAUUCCCCACAGGAGGAAAUGUAUGAAGUCAGUGGGCUCUCUCCUGGAGGUCUGAGCUAUACGGAUGCACAGUCAGACUCAAUAUCCACAAGGCUGUCAAACUGUGAUCCUCCUCCUUCCUAUGAGGAAGCCACUGGUGAAAUCAGUAUGAGAAGAAGUGAAACUGAACAACAUUUAGAUCCACCCCCACAGUACGAAGACAUUGUGAAUUCCAGUUCAGCCACUGCAAUUGCACUAUCUCCUGUUAUCACCAGUACUAAGUAAAACAGGAAAAAUGCUAUGGACUUUAAAAAAAAAAAAAUUUACUAAUCAUUUUGUAGCACUUUAUCUUGGCUUAUUAUGCAUUUCUGUAAUUUAAUGGACCUGUAUAAUGAACUUCCUUUUUUGUUUAAGAAUCACUUGUUUUUUGGGUCUUGGAUUUCUUUUUCCCCUAUAGCGGGUCUUAAACGGUAAGGAACCUGUAUUGAGAGUGUAAGUGCAUGUACAAAUGUGGUGCUCUGUCGUACUUCUCAAAAGUAUCUUUCCUUUGAGGGAUGUCACUUGUUUUAUUCCAAAUGGUGUCCACAUUCCCCACAAGGUUUGUGGAAUCCCCUUCCCUUCUUGAUGCAGAAUCUCAGAAUUGCCUGCGAUGGGGAAUUGUUAAGCAAUGUUUUAGAAACUUAUUUACACCAAAGGGGACUAAUUUUUCAGUAUUGCCUCUUGUAUGGUCAUUUCCUUUUUCUCACUUGGAUUUUUACGUGCUGCGUCCUAUCUUGGGCCUUUGGAUGGCCAAGAGCAGUAUGCCUUUGUGUUCAAACCAGUAUAUUAGAGUAUGCUGGCUUAAUAGCAAUAAUUUCAGAGCCCUAGCAGAGAAGGUGCAUUCUAAAGCUUUUGCUUUUACGAUUCAUGUUUAGAAGCUAAUAAUUGAAGACAGUAAUUAGUGAAUUUAAGAGUACUUUUUUUGUGUGUUCUGCUUUUCCUUUCAGUUUUCCUAUCUGGUUUUUAUUCCUGUGCUCUAGGGAUGAGAAGUGUGCAUAUUACAACUUUACAACUUGAAAAUUCAUGCAACACUAAAGAAUGAAAUGCUGAAGAUUGGAUAAAAUCCUGCUUAUUUGGAAGUAUAUACCAAAUCUAGCAUAGUCUUCACUGGGACCAGGGUUUUAUCCAUUAUCCAUAAACAUAUGAACCCAAAGGUAUUACUCUCCUUUUUAAAUGGAAAAAGGAAAAGCAUUUGGUGUGUGGCUUUUUUUCCCCAACAAUCAGAUCCCCUUCCUAAAAUUCUGAUAAUAUUUUGCCUCUUGCAUGCUUAGAUGUACCAUGUGUGCAUCUUGUAUUAUAAGGGCUAUAGAAAUCUGUUGCAGGCAUUUUUGAUACCUCUUUUCAACAGCUUUGAAGUAUUUAUUGCUGAUUUCACAUUUGCUCAUUCAAGUAAGGUGCUGGGAAGCAUGGUAGUCUAGGCUGGCUCCAGAAACUGUGUGGCCAGCACGGCUUAGCUAUGUGAACUGUAGAGCCUACCUGAUGUCUGGCCAAACCAUGAGGACCCACUGUGUUGCAUUUCUAAGAACACAACGCAGACAUACACCCAAGUGUUAGUUUGGAGUGACUUUUUGAGGCUGAAGAGAUGUGUAUUUCUGUCAGGCUUGAUGCAAGUUAAAGUAGAGGCUUCUAUAGAAUUUCAACCAAGUGGUUUAGAUACUGUUGAUAAUUCAGCUGAUGCAAGCUGUAGUGUGGUGGUUCUUUUUUUCUGCUUAAUUUAAGAGUUGAUAAUUCAGUUUAGCUUAUCAAUAUUCAUUUCAAUUUUUUCUUCUCACACCAACGUAACCUGGCAUUAACUUCAGUAUUGUUGUUUUCUACUAAUCAGUUAGCACCAAUUGAAAUGUAUUUAGCCCUGAAAAAUUACUGGGUUAUGUUGGUUUUCUUAAAACAAAAAACUGAAGCAGUAUUUUCUUCCAAAUGAAACACCAGUGCCAUCCAUUUCAAACCACUGCUAAUGUCCUCAGUUAAUUUCUGAGAUGCAUGCUGGCAUCUACUAUCUCAUGGCACCUUGGCCCAUCCAAGGAAGUUUACAGAAAAUUGCCGGAAAGAAAUGUAUGAUCAUACAUGGAUGUGCUUAUACACACUUCUGUAAGAAUUUGAUACAGUGGAUUGACAAAUGAAGUUAGGAUCCUGUGAUUAAUUUUAUAUUCUCAUUUUUGGCAAAGAGUAGGCUACCUAAAUUGUCUGCUGGGGUUCUUCAGUUGCAAAGGCAAAUUUAUUGGAGUUAAUGGAUGGAACUCCAGGCCAAAGUGUAGUAAAAAAGAUGAGACUUACUUAUAUUUAUUAUUUAUGACAGAUAUUGGGCAGAUGAUUACAACAUAUUUUGGGCAUUUGUGGUAAGAAUUGCCUGAAUCUUGUUUUUAGACUGUCUGACCUUUUCUUUUGAAGUGGUUUUAGCUCUGGUGUAAAGACCUAAAUUGCCACUUGUAGAAGUUAAAGCUCCUUUUAUACUGAGCAACAGUUAUACUGCCUUUAGCCAGACAUUACCAAAACAAAGUGCCUCAUCUCAGUCUGCAGGAGCCACCUCAAAGAGCUGGUAUCAAUGUCCAUGCCAUAUUGGCGGCAUCUGUGCCUGCCAGCACAGCUGACAGUUUUAGCAGUAACUUUUCUGUUUGGAUAUAUGACUUUCAUGUAGGAAAUGCAUGGAGAUCACCAAUUUCACAUUAGGUCAUUCAGCAGCUGUCUACCCCUGAACAUGGGCAAUCUGGUUUAGAGAUGAGCCACCUUUUUUUUUUUGUUGUUGUCGUUGUUGGUCUGUAUUCCACUACCAGUUUUAAUGCCUUUGACACUUCAGUUUCUUAAGUAGAAUAUGUUGCUGCAUCCUGGAGAUACUUUUACAUGCAGUGCAAACAUGUUUGUCUUCCCAAAAAAAAACAACCACAACCAAAUAUCGAAAAUGAUCUGUGACUAGAAUUUAUUGGGCCAUGCCUUUUCUGCAUCCAUGCGCGUGAGUAUGAAUGCUAUUUUGGGCUAUAAAUUUAAGUCUUGGUUAAUAAACUUUCAUAAAUAAACAAAUAAAAUCUGCAUGUGCCAGUUAUCCAAAUGUAUUUCCUCUGAGACAUGAGCAGCUUUCUUCUUGUUGGAAUAAUGUCAAAUUACCAAAUAUUUUGUUUUUCUUUGUGAAAUGUGGGAAAGUAAUUCAGACUUGUGGCUGGCUUUUUUGAUCUGAUUGAAGAAUAAAAUUUCUUUUGUAGUGGGUUUUUAUACUGCUUUGUUUUUGAGGGCACUUGCUGAAUAUUGUUAUCUUGUAAUUGCAUUAUUAUGCAAUAAACAUUAUAAAUUUCUCGUACUUCUCUGAAGGUUUUCCAAGUCUGAAUGCUGUACUGCUUUGACUGAUGACAUGAACAGUCAGGAUACUGCUUUUCCCACUUUUGAAUGUAACACUAAAUUUCAUCUUAUAUUAGGACUCAGAUGAUUUACCCACUAAAACUAUCUUAUAUUUAAGUGUCACUCUUUAAGAAAUUAUGGAAAUGAAUUGUGCUUAGAUGAUGAUUAGCAUUAGUGGAGGUUGUUCUGUCUUCACUGGGUGUAAAUAACGUCUGAUUACAGUAUUGAGUAUUUUAAAGGGAUUUGGUUUACAUUAAAUUAUCGUAUUUAAACAUUCUUGCCUAUGUUUAUAGAAAAUUUUUUGUAACAUUUGUUUUUGGAUAUGCUAAAUAAAAAUUUUUAAAUUCC